UCAGUUGAAGAUGCCAAUAACAGCGGUAUGAACUUAUUGGACCAGUCUGUCAUUAAAAAAGUUCCGGUUCCUCCAAAAUCUGUUACUUCUUUGAUGAUGAAUAAAGAUGGAUUCCUGGGUGGAAUUUCAGUCAAUACCGGAGAGGUGUUUUGCUCUGUACCUGGCCGCUUGUCUUUGCUUAGUUCAACUUCAAAAUACAAAGUAACUGUGGGAGAAGUUCAAAGACGCCUUUCUCCUCCAGAGUGUCUGAAUGCAUCCCUCCUAGGAGGAGUACUUAGAAGAGCCAAAUCGAAAAACGGGGGGAGAUCUUUGCGAGAAAGGCUAGAAAAAAUCGGUUUGAAUUUACCAGCCGGCAGGCGUAAGGCCGCAAAUGUCACUUUACUCACCUCCCUGGUGGAAGGUGAGGCCGUUCAUUUAGCCCGGGAUUUUGGGUACAUCUGCGAAACGGAGUUCCCAGCCAAAGCUGUUUCUGAGUACCUGAACAGACAGCACACGGACCCCAGCGACCUCCACUCCAGGAAAAACAUGCUGCUUGCUACAAAGCAACUUUGUAAAGAAUUUACAGAUCUCUUGGCCCAGGACAGGACGCCCAUUGGGAACAGCCGGCCCACCCCUAUUUUGGAACCGGGUAUUCAGAGCUGCUUGACUCACUUCAGCCUCAUCACUCACGGCUUUGGGGCCCCUGCUAUCUGCGCUGCCCUCACAGCCCUCCAAAACUACCUGACUGAAGCUCUCAAAGGCAUGGACAAGAUGUUCUUGAACAACAACACUGCUAACAGGCACACAUCUGGCGAAGGACCAGGUAGUAAAACUGGAGACAAGGAAGAGAAACACAGAAAAUGAGCAAGAGAGAGAAAGCAAAAAAAAAUU